CAUGUUUUUUAACCUAACAAUGUGUUGUGAUCACAGGUGUGUAUCAAACACAAUAUAACAUGAAGUUACCAUUUUGAAAUAGAUGUAAACAAUUCCUAGGGAAAAGCUUAACAAACGUGAAAAAGUUCAUAUUGGAAUGCUGAUAAUGACUGACAGGUCCAUAGAAACAAGUGAUUCGGUGAAUUUUUACAAUUAUCUUUGCAAGAAGAUUGGAUCUGAAGAGGUCGUGAAAAUUAGGAGGUUGACUUUCCUUAUUUAUGACAUUGCACAAAGUGAUACGUUUAUAAGUAGUGGGAGGAAAGGAGAAGGACUCAACCUAAAAGGCAGUGACAUAGAUGUUAUGAUUGUAGAAAAGAGCAUGAAGGUGUAUGAAUCAGAAACAGACGUUGUUAUUGAAAAAAAAGUGGCAGCAUUUAUUAUGAAUACUGACGACACACAACCAUGUUUUACACAAUUAUAUCUUCUAACUCAUCACCAGAAUUAUACACUAAAGGUUUCCGAGUUACUUCUAAAUAUGCUACAAAAAAAUCAGCUGGGAUCUGUGCUUUCAAGUGAACAAUAUAAGUUAUUUAAAAUGUCAAAAUUUGAAGCAUCACAUAAUUCAAAAAUUCAUGGUCCGUGUGUAACAGAUGGAGAUGAUAAUUAUGAUUGUGCAUUUUGUCUUAAAUGCGACACAUGGAUUUUUCAAGCCCAGCCAUGGGUGAGUAGACCGCGUACAGCAUGGCCUUCACCUGAAUUAAUUUCUAAAAUAAUAUCUUGUGGUGUGCUUUUUGUUCCAAUUGGCUACAAGGGAUCAAUAAAUGAAAACAUUGAAUGGCGAAUUUCAUUUUCUGUAGCGGAAAAAAUUCUGAUAUUUUCCUUCAGCCAUACACAAUUAUUAUGUUAUGCUAUGUUAAAAAUCUUGCUGAAGGAAAUAGUAGAUAAACAUGAGGAUUUGAAAGGUCUAUUGUGUUCAUAUUUCUUAAAAACACUGAUGUUUUGGAUUUCAGAAGAAACAGAUCCAUAUGCAUGGAGACCAGAUAAUUUGAUACCAUGUUUUAUGGCAUGUCUGAAAAGACUGCUCUACUGUGUACGAUAUUCAAUAUUGUCACAUUAUUUUAUUCCUGGAAAUAACUUGUUCUUUUUACGGUUCAAUACGCAUAACAAGUACAAAUUAACCACCAUACUCAUGAAUUUGUAUGGAGAAGGAAUCAAUUGCUUUGCAUCUACUGAUACCCUACAAGAUCAACAAUACCAGUCCUACGAAAUCAAAAUGUCGUUGAAUAGCGAUAACAACAUAUAUUUACAACAAUUGAUGCCAACAUUUUGUUUUCUUCGUAAUGUGUGUUAUGAUAAUAGAGUUAAUAGAUUUUGGAAACUGUUCUAUGAUUUUUCACAUCACUCCAAAACUAAUUUAUCAAGUGGUCUAUUUGCUUUACAACUUUCAGCUUCAUUUAUGCUAGUUCCGGAAGCAUCACAAUAUCCAAAAAUCUCAGGAAACAAAUGCCAUUACGUAAGGUACAAACAUGAUCUUAGUCAUUUAAUGAUCGGUUUACAUUCAGAUACAGUAUCAGGAUUGCUGAUGUUAGCUUCUUUCUUCUAUGUUCAUAAAAAAUACUUAUCUUCAUUAACUGUAAUAGCAUAUACAUUGAAGAAAUGCAUGGCAGAGAACAUUUAUCUUGGAUUAUUCAAUAAUAGCAAACUUGAUCCUAUCAAACAACAUGUAAUGAGACUGGUGAAAAGGGAAAAACUUCAUACAAUAUUAAAAUCAUUAACAAUUUAUUCUUUUCGACUUGAGCAUAAUUCAUCAAUAGUUCCACAAGAAUUACAACAAGAUGUGCAAAGGAGGGGUACUAUAUUUCAUCCGUUGCCAUAUGCACAUUUCCUCAGCUUUCUAUGUCACUACCAUCGACAUGACAUUACAUCAUACCAACAGUCUUUACAACAGCUAGUUUAUGUUGAAUGGAUUAUAUCAGAUUGUCGUACUUUCGUUUCACGUCCUGAUUCCAUAAAUUCAGUUAUUAUGUGUGGAAUAGCUCACCUGACUUUGGGUGAGUCAUACCCUGCUAGAAGAGCUUUCGAAUGUGCUGCUAGGCUUGAUAAGUAUAAUGAAACUAGUGCAGCAUCAAGGCUGUUCAGUUUUAUCGGAUGUUAACAGACAUUUGGUUAACAUGCUUUUUUUCUCCAUAUAAUUUUUUAAAGAAAUAUUUAAGCAAUAAUAUUAAAGGCAAAAGUAGUAUACUACUGUUCAAUAGUCAAUGGUACCGGUUUUAUUGCACCAGAUUCAUAAUAGGAAAAAAACUUAUUCAAUAUUUUUGGAAAUAUAAAAUUUUGUUGUAAUAACCUAUUGAAAUCCUAUAUUUUAUUGUAUUUCAUUGAAAAUGAUACAAAUGAGAGCCUUAAUUUUAAUAUUUUUGAAAUGAUUUUUGUUUUCCUAACUAUUUAUUUUCCUAAACAAAUGAUUAAGAAAGCCAGACUUUUUUGAAAAAUAUAUUUUAGUUUUAUCAAAAUUACUUGAUUUAAAAACAUUCAUGUACCUAGAGGUAUAAUUUAUUAUCUCUCUCUAAUUAGCUGAAUUAACACCUGUUGAACAAGAAAAUUUAACUGUUGUAAAAACAGUCAUUAUAUAGUUUAAAAUAAAACAAAUAACAAGAGGU